AUGGACAAAUAUUCUUAUUUAAAAUUAAAAUCCUUAAAAAAUCAUUAAUAUAUAGGUUUUGAUGUUGACCAUUGUUUAAUCCGUUAUCAUAUCAAAUCAAUUACUCGUGCAUGCUAUGAAUCACUCAUGAAAACAUUAAUAAACGAAAAAGGCUAUCCCGAAACUUUGUUAAAUUUAACCGAAAAAGAAAUUGGAAUAGGCUUAAAUUAUUCAUUGAUUGAUAUAAAUAAAGGCACAAUUUUAUAAAUAGGUAAAAAUAAGACUAUACUAAAAGGUUACAGAGGAUUUAAAUAAAUUAACAUAGAAGAAGAAUAUGGAAAAGAUUAUAUCAUAGAAGCCUUUGAACCUUUAUUAAUUAACAGAAAUCCAGAAUUUAUGGUCUUGGCUACUUACUUUGAAAAUUCUAAAGGUGUAAUAUUUGCCAAAAUAGUAGAUUUCAAAACAAAAGAAAAGGUCUUAAAAGAAAAUGACUAUAAAGAUAUAAUUAAUGACAUAGAUUUUGCUGUAAAAUAAAAUUAUAUGCAUUAUAAUGAAUAAAGAGUAUAUAAAAUAUAGUAAUAUGGUACUUUUUUUAAAAGUAUAUGUGAUAAUCCAUAAGGAUUAAUUCAUAAAUAAGCCAAGUUUAGAAAAAUACUAGAAAAUUUAAAAUAAUAAAAUAACAAAUUCCUCUUUAUUGUAACUAAUUCUCAUUUUGAAUUUAUUAAUUUUACAAUGUCUUAUUCAUAUGGAGAUGAUUGGUAAAAUUUAUUUGAUUUAAUAUUCGUAAAAGCUUAAAAACCGGCAUUUUUUACAAAUUAAAAUAAUACUAUGUACGAAUAUGAUGAAUAAAAUCCUUUAUUAAUAGGUAAAGAAGUCAUAGAUAUAGAAAAAAGUGGAAAGAAAAUAUUCGUAGAAGGUAAUUAUUAGAUUUUAGAAAAUUAUAUUAAUAGUAAAUUUGGUUUUUCUAUUGAUAAAAAAAUACUCUUUUUUGGUGACAAUAUACUCUCAGAUUGUUAUUAUUCAUAAUAGUUAAGUUAAUGGGAUUCUAUAGCUAUUGUGGAAGAGUUAUAUGAAGAAUUAAAUGAUAAUGACUAUUGGGGAAACUUUAUGGAUAAAAAUAAUGAAAGUUUUAAUAGUUUCUGGCUUAAUGUGGCUAAAUAAGAUCUUUAAGGAGGUUUUAUAAGACUAGUUGAUAGUUAAGAUGCACAAAUUAUAUGGGAAAGUGUUUGA